GGUGUUCCUUUUGGUAUUCGUCUUUCGUCUUGGUGUUCGUCGGAAGGAUGAGCGAAAAUCCAUUCAUGCGAGUGCAAAUGUGUUGAAAUUGUGAAAGAAAUUUCAUUGUUGUUUUGUUUUUGCACAUUAACGUCAAUGCAUUAAAAAGAAGUAAAAUGCAUUUCCUGCAAGUGGCAACACGAGAUUUUGCUAAGUCCAUCCUUUUGGCAAACAAAAUCAAGAGGUUAGCAGGAUCUCGUCAUGCCAGCCGGCUUUUCUGCGACAAGGUUGAUGCCAAGAAAAAAUAUUCUGCCUCCGUGGCUCUGCCCAAGUCCAAGUUCCCUGUAUUUAUAAAAUCAAGCCAAGUGUCCCAGCGAGAUGAGAAAAUCGCCAAGAAAUGUGGAUUUGAUGAACUAUACAACUGGCAAAGAGAGAACCAAAAAGGCUCGGAGUUUAUUCUGCAUGACGGUCCACCUUACGCUAAUGGCUCCGUUCAUUUGGGACAUGCUGUUAAUAAGGUUUUAAAAGACAUUGCAAACAGAGAACGUCUUUUAGCAGGCUGUAAAGUGCACUAUAUACCAGGCUGGGACUGCCACGGUUUGCCCAUAGAACUAAAGGCCAUUGGAGAAAAUGAAAAGAAUCAUUUGGAUUCAAUUUCUCUUAGACAAAAAGCCCGUGCUUAUUCAGAAAAAGCCAUAAAAGACCAAGAAGCAGAAUUUAAAUCAUGGGGUGUGAUGGCGGACUGGGAAAAUAAAUAUAAGACAUCAAGCCCAGAAAUGGUCAAAAAUGAGCUUCGUUGUUUCCAAAACUUGUAUGAAAGGAGCUUGGUGUUUAGAGAUCUGAAACCUGUUUACUGGUCUCCUGUGUCCCACACUGGCGGAAUCAGAGCUUGUUUAUAAUGCUAACCACAAAAGCCUAUCAGUUUAUGUGAGUGCAAGAAUUGUAGAUAUGCC